AUGAGAUCUCCACAACUUCAGCCACGAACUCAGUUGGAGUCGCGGCCUGAUCCUCAGCUGCCUAAGCUGCCAGAGUUACCUGUGCAAAGGCAGCCUUUGCAUAUGUUGCAGCCACUCCUUGCUCCACUACAGGCGUUACAACCACAGCCAUCUGCGAAUUCCGAUCUUCCUGGGGGCAAGAAUAAGGCUCCUCACAUUUCAUCUCUCCCCUCUUUACAACUCUUGGUGAAUAGUUCCGGUGUGGCCGCGACGUCAUUACGUUGUGUUUCAUCGCUCCCUCCUUUUUUACGCAGAUCAAGAUCGCAGUCCCAGAAACCAGAUGUUUCUUCAACAAAUACAUCAGCCACAAACUCAGCCACAAACUCUUCAGCUAACAUAGCAAACAUGUCCGCCAACGAUUCCACAAACUCAUCUUCAAACUCUACCAUCUGCAUAUACUCGAUGCAGCAGCAGCAGUCAGCUCUUCGUGGGAAUCCGGCUGCUUGUCGUUCUUCGGUAACGGCUCUUGCCACCAAAGGUCUUCCUCUACCUCAACUAUCGCCUGUUCCCUCUCCUUCCACAGCUGCUGUCCAACGUACUUCAUCCAUGACCGCAUCUGUCGACUCCGCCACAUUCAGUGGACAAGCAAAUAGCUCAUCUAUAGCGUCCUCCGUUUCUUCUGGGACUACUCCUCCUAUUCAAGGAAAUGGUGCACAAGGUAAGGCUUUAUGCCCAUUCCAAUUCACUUCCAGUACAUCUGCUUCCACUUCUUCAGCACCUUUAGUAUCUUUGGCUCCUUUGACUGCUAUCAACAAUACUGCAAUUGCUAAGGUUACCUCUUCCCCUACCCCUAUUGCAUCCGCAAAGAAGAAUCUUCGCACUUUAUCCAAUACUCCGUCUUUACUAUAUACUAGUAUAGUGAAGUCGUUCUUGGAAGAUUCCGGGGAAUUUUCUUUCGGACGAAAUCGGAGUCCUGGUUAUUCUCUUGCCGAUUCUGCAGCAAGUAUAUCUUCGCAAGGAAUAAUAUCUGCUGCACUAGAUGCUUAUUUCGUUCAUACUCAGAGAGAAUAUCCUUUCCUCACCGAGAAGGACGUUCGAUCCCAUGCCCGUAAGCUGGACAUUUCAGACAACACUUCCAAUGUGAAUGCUGCUUCUGUAGAGGUCCUGAUGGUGCUCGCUAUUGGCUGUCGCGUACUUGAAAGCGCUGGUGCUGCUUCGAAGACUCAACAAUACCCCCAUUUCUUCUUCAUCCACGCAAGAGAUAUUAUGGCCAAAGGUGUGGUUCUUACCGGACUACAGGCUGCUCGUUUAAUGACUUUGUUAUGUGCAUUUUUCAUCUACGGUGACAAUACUUCAAAGUGCUGGAUGGUUCUUGGUUCACUUUUAAGGCUAACCGUUGCAUUAAACCUUCAUCAUGCCCGUCGCAACAAGUUGGCUGUGCCACAGUCAUUGUCCCAUAAAUCCUCCCACAAUAAGGACUCUUCUGAUGCUCGUUCCAGACUUUUCUUUUCUAUCUAUUCGUUGGAUCGCACUGUUUCGGCUACUAUGGGUCGUCCAGUAGGUAUCAGCGAUGAUGACAUCGAUGUCUCUCUUCCGGAAAGGGCACCCUGUGAAUCUCAAGCAGAUAUUGAGAUAUCUCGUAGACUCAUCGAAAUGGCUCGUGUUGAAGGCUUACUGAUACAGAACAUUCAUGCUGUGCGUGCUGUAGAGUCGUUCCGCUCAACUGAUGAACGGGCUGCAAUAUACACAGCUCUGCGUGGAGAGAUCGAGGCUUGGUAUUCACGCUGUAGUGGUUACAGGGCCCAACUGGCUGCUAAAUCAUCUGUGGGACUUCCUGGUGCUGCUCGGAUGCCUCUGCAAAAUCCUACCGCGUGGUUCAACUCUGAAUACUAUCAACUCCUCAUACUAUUCUACAAGCCAUCAGACUUGAUUGUCCAUCCUUUGCCAGAGAACCUUGAGAUGUUGGCUAAAUGUGCUAUGCAAGGACUCUCUUUCAUGUACAGUCUUUACACCUCGAACUGGUUCCCAAAUAGCUGGACUGUCUUUUACCGAUUUAUCUCGCUCAGCAGGGCUUUACUUUACUGUCUGUGUCAUGAGUGUAUCGAUCUAUUGCAGGUGAAGACAAAUCUUCCCUUAGCACGUGAGAUGCUUGACUAUUUUGCCGUUACUUGGCCAUAUGCAUCACAGUUGGCUUCUGUCUUGGCCAAGGUGUCUGACAGUUUAAACGACGCUACCAAUCUUCGUCGGCUUAGUACCGAGUUCCAACAGGUGCUUGAUGAAAAUGUCGUUGAUCUUUGGAAAGAUGAUGUCAGACAUAUGAUUUAA